GUGGUCAGCGCAUAAUCAGAAAUUACACUUACACGCCGUACUAAUUGAGAUGGAUACUUACUUAAGCUCUCAAUAAUACUUCUAACUGUGCUCGAUUCCAUCAUUAGCUAACAGUCGCGGGUGUUGAAUAUUUUGAAGUUCGAUUUUGCAAUGAACAUGUUACGGCAACCGUUGACAUUUUUAACUAGUUUCUUAAUUUACUUCAACCUUCUUGAAGGGCAUUGGAGUCAAGGCACUUCAAUGGAAGCUACCAAAAUGCCAGUGAUAACUAGCGAGUUUAAGGCCAGUCGCAUAUACGAGUCAUUUCGCGCACUGUCCACCGUCCCGGUCCAAACUCGCCUCAGUCGACGUCACGUGAAUGAGACAAGCCACUUCGAGUCUGGCCGAGCGGUGCGAAAGACACGGUUGCGCACCCCAUCAGCGGAUAUGCUGAGCCGGAAUAUAUCCAGCAUAUUGGAGAAUCUACUGAAACGUUACGAGCAAUCGCAGCUGCCCACACAUGGCCAAGGCAUGCCAACGGUGGUGCGGACAAACAUACUUAUACGCAGCAUGGGACCCGUUUCGGAGCUGGACAUGGAUUACUCGAUGGACUGCUACUUUCGCCAAUAUUGGCGUGACAAGCGACUGAGCUUUCAGGGGCCCAUCAAGAGUCUCUCGCUGAGUAUCAAAAUGCUGGACAAGAUCUGGCGACCGGACACCUACUUUUAUAAUGGCAAGCAUUCACACAUACACACCAUAACCGUGCCCAAUAAGCUGUUGCGACUGGAUCAGGAUGGCGGCAUACUCUACUCAAUGCGCUUGACGAUUAAGGCCACCUGUCCGAUGGAGCUCAAGAAUUUUCCAAUGGAUCGGCAAUCCUGUCCGCUCAUCAUAGGUAGCUAUGGUUAUACCAAUCAGCAGCUGGUGUAUGAGUGGCAAAAUCACGACGAUGCUGUCUCCUUUGUGCCCGGCAUGACACUCAAUCAGUUUGAUCUGAUUAGCAUGAUGCAUCGCAAUUUCACAUCCACACGACGUGAGGGUGACUUUUCCGUACUGCAUGUGGCAUUUAAUCUGAAGCGACACACCGGAUAUUUUCUGAUACAGGUGUAUGUGCCCUGCAUUCUGAUAGUGGUUUUGUCAUGGGUCUCGUUUUGGAUACAUCGUGAGGCAACCAGCGAUCGUGUCGGUCUCUGUGUGACAGCUGUGCUAACGCUAUCGACCAUCAGCCUGGAUUCACGAACCGAUCUGCCCAAGGUGAAGUAUGCCACGGCCCUGGACUGGUUUCUGCUCAUGAGUUUUCUGUACUGCAUUGCCACACUGCUCGAGUUCGCCGGCGUGCAUUAUUUCACCAAAUUGGGUAGCGGCGAGAUACCACGAAUGGAGGAAGAGUGGGAGGAUAUUGGUGCGUUGGGCUUCACGUCAGGUGAAAUUGCCGAUGCGGCCGAGGCCAGUGAUGACAGCGAACCAGCCAACUCUGAUAGCGAUGUAUUCGUCUUUGCCGACCACGACACACUGCACUGUGAGCUGCCAUUACCGGCUGAUCUGAAUGGUGGCGCCUAUCCAAAGCGCAAUGCCUUCAGCUGUCCCAUAUAUAAUAAUCAGCAAGAGAAUCCCGCACACAUUUUCCCAAAGCUCUCGUCGCAUACCUCGACCAUGGAGCGUACCACACAAACGGAGCCGCCCGCCGUUUCCCGGAUGCGUCAGAUGUGGCUCUGCCUCAAGGGUGACGUCAAGUUUCGCAGACAGCGCGAACGUGAUGCUGCCGCGGAGAAGAGUGUCCAAGGACGUGGGGCGAGCUAUGUGAAUAGCAUAUCACUGAUUGAUCGGGUCGCUCGAGUUGCAUUUCCAAUGACCUUCGCCCUGUUCAAUUUGCUGUACUGGUUGGCUUAUGGCAUGUAUAAGAAGGAGUUCUCCUGGUCCAUGAUUAAGGCUUAAGCUAUAUUUCUAUAUGUUUCGUUAGACUUGUAUACUUAUUUAUAAUUUGCGUUUCCUACGCUAAGUCACACAUAGCCAUAAUCCUUACAUCUUUCUCUGCAUUCUCCAUUUCUGCAAACAUCUUGCCUGCCAUAAUC